UUGCUCCUGUCUCACUCGUUGCUCCUGUCUUCCUGUCUGUCUCUCAGUGUGCUCAUGGAGGCUGUCUGAUGGAGUUGUGUAUCCAGCUCAGUAUCACCAUGUUGGGGAAACAGCUGAUCCAGAACAACCUGUUUGAGAUCGGAGUUCCGAAGUUGAAGAAGUUGAUUCGUUACAUUCGAUCUAAACGUGGAACGUUUCAGGAAGAGGAGAGACAGAAGAAACUGACCAGAUAUGAACUGGACCAUUUUCUGGAACCAUUUGGAGGAUUAACACCUGAGUAUAUGGAAAUGAUCAUCCAGUUCGGUUUCGUCACUCUGUUCGUUGCCUCCUUCCCGUUGGCUCCACUCUUCGCUCUGCUCAAUAACAUCAUAGAAAUACGACUGGACGCCAAGAAGUUUGUGACAGAACUGAGACGACCAGUGGCAGCAAGAGCCAAAGACAUAGGUAUAUGGUACAAUAUCCUCAGGGGCGUGGCCAAAGUUGCCGUCAUCAUUAACGCCUUCGUCAUCUCCUUCACCUCAGACUUCAUUCCUCGGAUGGUCUACCAAUACAUGUACAGCCCAGACGGAUCCAUGCAUGGCUUCGUCAACCACACUCUGUCCUACUUUAACGUCAGCCACUUCCAGGACGGAAAAGAGCCCAUGGACCCUCUUCACCUGGGUUACCCAGUCCAGGUCUGCAGGUAUAAGGACUACAGGGAACCACCGUGGGCACAGAAUCCAUAUGAGAUCUCCAAAGAGUUCUGGGCCGUCCUCGCUGUUCGACUGGCCUUCGUCAUCAUUUUUCAGAACGUUGUGAUGCUGAUGAGCGACGUGGUCGACUGGUUGAUCCCAGACAUCCCCAAAGACAUCAGCCUUCAGAUCCACAAAGAAAAGAUCCUGUUGGUGGAAGUGUUCAUGAAAGAAGAGCAGAGCAGACGCCUCCUACUGGACAGGAAGGUUUCUGCAGGAGGCAACCACAACUGCAACAGAAGAAGCAACUGCGCCAACACCGGGGCAGGAGCUGGACUGUUCAACAACAGCAACAACAACAGCAACCACAGCAACCACAACAACAACAGCAACCACAGCAACAACCACAGCAACCACAACAACAGCAACAACCACAGUUGCUGAAGCAGCCUCCAUGGGCCCAGUGCACAGAACUAGGAUCAGGGUUUAAUCCAGGACCUGUUGGUGAUCCUGGAUCCACUAGUCCAUGAUCCAGUUGGACUAAAGCAGGAUCUGUUGUGGUCUGAGUGUCCAUGUACAUGUGUUGUGUGGAGGGAACCUGGUCCAGACCAGAGGGUGGAGGGAACCUGGUCCAGACCAGACCCAGUUCUGGGUCCCUUCAUGUCAGUCAGCUGUCUCCACAGAUGGAACCCAUGGUUCUACCAGUACCCACUACACAACAGAACCACAGGAACUGGACCCACAACAGAACCACAGGAACUGGACCCACUGUUACCAUGGAAACGUGGGAUCAGGACUUGCAGUCUGGGACACAUGGAUCUUUACUUUGUAUGAUGUCAUUAUUUAACCAUCUUCUCCUCUCUGUGAACUUGGACCCACUUCUACACUUUCACUCUAAAGUUCUCACAGUUGUUAGACAUAGUCUUCUUGUGUCGGGGUCUUCUGGGACCCGGUGGUUCCAGCUGAGCCGUGGUCUGAUCUACCACGGACAUGAACACACACACAUAACAACUGUGAGGAAACCUUGAAGAACACCGUUCACCAGAUGUAACUUGUAUUCAGAUGUCACUGUCAG